CAGCAUCAGAGCCUAAAUAAAAUUUACAACAGCCGUUCACCUCCAAACUCGCAUCAGUCAAGACAACCAGAUCCAUUCACUGCACUGUGAUCCUGAACCCAUAGUCCACAAGUACAAAGCCUUCGUUCCCGACCGCCUAAAAAAUAUGACUCGAUAGCGGACCCCUUCAGAGCAUGAUAUAUGCAGCAAUACCAGUUUCUGCCACUACCAUAGCUGCACAACCGCUGUCUGCCGAAGUUGUCAGCACUCUUUGAUCUUGUUUCCUGCAAGUGGACCAUCAUGGACACCCAGGUCGAGAAUGCAAUCGAAAUAGCAUGGAACCCUGCCUCCGACCAAAGCCUCAAAGCUCAAGCCUUCGAGUUCCUGAACCAGUUACGCUCUGAUCCGUCUGGUCAGCAAGCUUGCAUUUCCCUCUUUACAAGAAAUCCCAAGUGCUCUGAUGUCGUUCGACUGGUGUGUUUGGAUGUGGUCAACAAUGCUAUUCAAACGCAGCAACUAGACAACCAAAGCUUGAGCCAUGUCAAGGAAACUCUGCUGGAGUAUGUUAGGCGGAUCUAUGGCUCGGGCAGUAGGGAUCAGAUGGACGCUCCUCACCUCCAGAACAAGCUCACGCAGACUCUCACGUUCCUCUUCAUGGCUUCCUAUAAGCAGGGUUGGGAGACCUUCAUCGACGAUUUUCUGGCGCUGACCAGUAUUCAGAAUAGCGGAGCAAGGGAUAAUCUUCUGGGCACGGUUCUGUACCUACGGAUUCUGUCUUCUAUACACGAUGAGAUUGCCGAUGUCCUUGUCAGUCGAUCAAAUGAAGAGACUAAGCGCAAUACGGAGUUGAAGGAUCUUCUGAGAGCUCGGGAUGUCCAGAAGAUAGCUUCGUCUUGGCAGGAAAUCUUGACACAGUGGACCGACCGGGACGAUAUUGCGGUAGCAAUGUGCUUGAAGAACGUUGGCAAAUGGAUCAGCUGGAUCGACAUCUCCUUAGUUGUGAACCAAGACUUCUUGAACAUUUUGUUCCAGCUUGUGGGCAGGUCAAGCACUGUGGACAGACAGGACCGAAUCAAAGAUGCAGCAAUCGACACUUUCACAGAGAUUGUGGCCAAGAAGAUGAAGGCCUCUGACAAGAUCGGCAUGAUUGUGUUUCUGAACUUAGGAGAAGUCAUCACACAGCUUGUUGCCACCCCAUCUCUCAACGAACUACGCACCACGUCAGAAUAUGACACGGAUCUUGCUGAGUCUACUGCUAAGUUGAUCAACAAUGUGAUCUUUGCCAUCGUCAAAGUCCUUGAGGAUAACUCGGUGGAUACACAAACUCGAGCACAAGCCGAGCAACUCAUUCAAUCCUUCUUACCCCUCCUCCUUCGCUUCUUCUCAGAUGAGUACGACGAAAUUUGCUCUACGGUCAUCCCGUCCCUCACCGAUCUUCUUACAUUCCUACGCAGAGUACAGCCACUUCCACCACAAUACUCUGCUAUGUUACCACCCAUACUCAAUGCCAUAAUUCAGAAGAUGAGAUAUGAUGAGACGUCUUCGUGGGGCAACGAGGACGAACAAACUGAUGAGGCAGAAUUCCAAGAACUACGGAAGAGGUUACAGGUUCUACAGAAGAGUGUAGCUGCUGUGGAUGAGAACUUGUACAUCGAAACUCUCAGCAAUGUUGUGGGAAAUACCUUCCAGAGGCUCGAUCAGCAGGGUGGGCAGAUGGACUGGCGCGAUUUGGAUUUAGCUUUGCACGAGAUGUAUUUGUUUGGCGAGCUUACGGUUCCUAAUGGUGGUCUUUUUGCCAAGAGCGCACCUUCUAGUGUGGCAGCUGGGCGAUUGAUCACUAUGAUGUCGAAGAUGGUUGAGUCUGGCAUUGCAUCUUUUGCUCACCCUGCCAUUCAACUCCAGUACAUGGAAAUCUGCGUCCGUUACAACUCCUUCUUCGAGACCGAAACUCGGUAUAUUCCACAAGUCCUAGAACAUUUCGUUCGUCUUGUGCACCACAACCACAUCAGAGUGCGAACACGCUCUUGGUAUCUGUUCCACCGAUUCGCCAAACAUCUUCGAGCUCAUGUCGGCAAUGUUGCUGAGACUGUAAUCCGUUCAAUCAGUGAUCUUCUUUCCAUCCAGGCCGAACAACCAGACGCCUAUGUCGCAAAUGAAGAUAUGUCUUCUGAUGAAAGCGAUCACUCUGCGGAUGCUACAUUCAAUGGCCAGUUGUAUCUAUUUGAAGCUAUUGGAAGUAUUUCAUCAACUUCUACUACUCCUGUCGAGACACAAAUCCUCUAUGUCCGAACUAUCAUGGAGCCUCUGUUCUUGGAAAUUCAGAAGAGUUUACCGCGAGCUAAGGCUGGUGAUGAACAAGCUGUCUUGCAAGUCCAUCAUGUCAUCAUGGCUCUUGGCACGUUGGCUCAUGGAUUCUCGGAUUGGACUCCUGGAAAUGCCGCAACAGCAGGUAACGCUCCUCGCAAAGAGAUCUCCGAAGAAUUUAGUCGUGCAGCAGAGGCGAUCUUGAUUGCUCUUGAAGCUUUGAAGAGCUCUUUCGAUGUUCGGACAGCGGCAAGAGCUGCAUUCUCUAGAAUGAUGGGAGUUUUGGGAAUAGGCAUGCUUCCACUUCUUCCUCAGUGGAUUGAUGGAUUGCUCUCAGAGAGCUCUUCUAAAGACGAGAUGGCUAUGUUCCUACGUUUAUUGGAUGCAGUUGUCUUCGGCUUCAAGAAAGAGAUCUACGUGGUCUUAGAUUCGCUCCUCACACCUCUUUUGCAGAGAGUCUUUGCAGGCUUAGCAGAGCCGAUUACUGGGACCGACGACGAGAUUCAGCUUGCUGAGCUCCGCCGAGAAUAUCUUACAUUUAUUCAGAUCAUCCUAAACAAUGAGCUGGGUGCGGUUCUAGUCAGCGAGGUGAACCAAGGCUUCUUCGAGUCCUUGAUAGAGUCGGUAACUGGCCUAGCACGAAAUGUCACAAAUGGCCACGGAAGUCUCGGUGCUAGCAGACUUGCAUUUUCUGUCAUCACACGAAUGGCAGACCUCUGGGGUGGGCCAAACAUUGCAACUCUCGGACCGCAAGCAACUUCCUCUACACUUCCUCCAUCACCAGCAUUCCCAGGCUUCGACCGUUUCUUAAUCGAGAGAUUCCACCCAAUCUGCUGGGAAGUCCUAAAAGAGCCGAGCUUCCGCCCGGCAACAGACGCCCAAGCAAAGCAAGUCCUCAACGAGAUCGCGGGCUUGGAACAAACGAUCUACACCAAGACUGGACAAAUGUUCCUCCAACAUCUGCAGCAAGUGUUCUUCCCCUCGAUGGGAUUCGAUGGCACCGAUUUCAUCAAAUCCAUGACGAUUUCCACGGAUAGGAAAGGGCUCGCGGGGUAUCUACAGGGGUUCUUGAAGCAGAGAGGUUGAUGGUGAUAUGGGAUGGAAAGUGGUGCAUUUGGGAAAGGCGUUUAUUCAUCAUUGGGAUUAUACCACGAUCUUCGUGUCAAACAAGCAAGGCAUUGUGAGCCGGUUUGGUGGUGGCUUUAGCGUUUGGGUUGUCAUGGCUAGCUGGACGAAUGGGUGGAUGGGUUGGCGGUUUCUUGCUGCUAGAUAGAGAAUGAGAGAACGAUAUCAGUGAUAGAAGGAAUGAAAAAUAUUUCGUCACUGCAUCUAUUUGAUUUUCUGGUAGCUCUCUUCCCUACAAUGACUUCUCAAAAUGAUGAAGUUAAGGAGAGGACUUAAGGAAGGCAUAUGUUGUCUCAAUAUUACAGCGCUUGUAUUUUCCUAGUAUAAAUAAGCUGAG